GAAACAGCCAUUCGUCACGCUUUCACUGUAUCAGUCGUAGAAGCACCGAAUAGCAACAGGGGAAGAAGAAAAUUGCCUUAAGCUCAUUGUGUCUCCUCGAUCGUGUGAGUUUCUCCUCUUUGCGUUUGCUCCGAGCCACUGCCAAUGUCUUCCCUUGCGUGCGGGGUGUUCUCUUGCGUGCGGAGAUCCGGCCUCUAGCUGACAAUUGCUGCUGCUCCGAGCCACUGCCAAUGUCUUCUUGACCUGUUGGCUGCUACUUCUGUAUUAAGUGCACUUGUAUUGUAAUCUUGCUAUUUCAGGAUUUAGUACUGGACGACGGGGAAGAAGAGGGAAAAACAUUGAGAGAUUUUGCCAGUGGCCGGCUAAUUGAUUUGACCAGGUAAUUUGGAAAAGUGAGCAUCGCUAAUUUGUCAAUCUGGGGCAUGACAAUACAUCUGGUAGUCGAUUAAGUUUCCACAUUUUCUACAGUGCAAUGAAAUGUUGCCCCCUUUUCAACACAAUGACCUGGUGCAUCAAGUUUCUGCUCUAAGUGUCUAUGGUACACAAAAAUGAUUGACAACAACAUAGUUGUACCAUUGGUGCUCGUCGGUAAUAUAUAGAUGUAAAUCCUAGCCAACAAUGCUGACCAAACAGAAAUAGUACAUGGUCCCAUUUGGCAAUUAUGAACAUGUACCCUCCUACCAUUGGCAGAUCUGACCUAAUGCAUCGCUAGUAAUAAAUAUAUGGAACCAUACUUCAAGAUGGCACCUCAUAUUACCAAUUUGUGUGAUGUGUGUGGUGCCAUAACGGUGGCUUUGUUUCUGUAGAAAAGAGAGUUCUUUGGAGAUGGGGUUUUGCGUAAGUGGCACCAGAGCAACUAUCAUGGGAAUAGGCACAGCCGUGCCAACAAAUGUACUGCAACAAAGUUCCUUCUCUGACUACUAUUUUGAGACAACAAAUAGCAAUCACAUGGUGGACCUAAAGGCCAAGUUCGCAAAUAUAUCUUUCUCAGGCCACCAACCUUUUCGGUCAUCGGAUCUGGAGUGUUAGUUGUCAUCAGCCGUUGGAUCUAUCUGCAAUCUCGUAUGGGCUGAGGUGGCUGAAGAGAGAGAGCCUAACGGACUGGGGCGAUGCUCCCGUAACAAAAUUGGCAGGCUACUGUUAAUUGGGCCAACUGGGCCAUCGUUUUGGAAGGGAAAAACAAAACCAUCCUCUCCGCACUAGAAACCUCGCGGGUCGAGCGACGCACUCCAGCGCGUGAUGUUGACCUCGGCGGGCGGGUCGAUUAGAUGUGCGAUGCCCCGUUCGCUCGGGUGCGGUGCGAGAGCGAUAGGGUCUCCUUGCGGGCGACGCCAACGAACGGCCAGGGGGAAAGCCAAUCGUCACUUAUAGUCGAUUCGACUCCACUCGACGGCGAUUGAGGAAUAAUUCAUUGUUGCUACAAGUAAUGGCAACCGAUGUGCGUGACUCACCGGUGGGCACUAAUGCAGGUGAGAAGACAAUGAUUGAGAAGAGACAUUUGUACAUGUCUGAUGAGUUCAUUAGGAGCAGCCCUUCUAUUACGGCCUACAAUUCCCCAUCGCUCAACCUUCGUCAAGGGCUAGCGGAUGCCGCUAUACCACAACUCGGUGCGGAAGCUGCACGGCAUGCCAUCGCGGACUGGGGCCGGCAGGCAUCGAACAUCACACACCUCGUCUUCUGCACGACGGUGAGUGGGUGCAUGCCCGGUGCCGACUUUGAGCUCAUCAAGCUCCUCGACCUCCCUCUCUCCACUAGACGUUUCAUGCUAUACCAGGCUGGCUGCCAUGGUGCCGGCAUCUCCAUGCGUCUAGCCAAGGACCUUGCUGAAAAUAACCAUGGCUCCCGUGUACUUGUGGUUUGCUCUGAGGUGAUCACCAUGGCUUUUCGUGGCCCCUCGAAAAGCCACAUGGGGAACCUUGUUGGGCAGGCCAUCUUUGAUGACGCCGCAGGUGCCAUUAUCAUUGGAGCUGAACCUACUGGGAACGAGAGACCCUUAUUCGAGAUGGUGUCUGCAUCACAAGACAUCAUACCGGGCACGGAAGAGAUGGUGGUGUCCAAGCUAUACGAGGAUGGGAUUGUGUACACCCUUCACCGAGAUGUCGCGCUCCAUAUCUCGAGAAACAUAGAGGGGCGUGUGAAGAAGGCACUCGAGCGUGCCUCGCUCCUCACCAAGGACUGGAACGAGGAGCUGUUUUGGGUGGUGCACCCUGGUGGCAGGGAGAUACUGGACAAGGUGGAGAGCAGCCUUGUUCUGAGAAAAGAGAAGAUGGAUGUCUCAAGGAAGGUGAUGGCGCAGCAUGGCAACACACUGAGCUCGUGUGUCAUUGUUGUUAUGGAUGAGAUGCGAAAGAGGUCUCGGAAGCGUGGGCUACCCACGGCAGGGGAAGGUCUUGAGUGGGGACUGCUCUUUAGCUUUGGCCCAGGCCUCACCGUCGAGACCAUACUUCUCCGAGCACUGCACAAUCAAGAACCCAACGCGUGACUGGCCCAAAAAAAAACCCCAACAUUGUGAUUGUUGCUUAAAUCACGGUAUCCAUUUUUUUUCAUACGACGGUGUGGUUUGUAAUGUAAAUCUUGUGUGCUUCCACAUGUUCCCAAUCUAUAUAUUAUAAGAUAUUUUAAGUUAACUAUCUUAUAUAUCCAUCUAUAUUCUAAAA